AUGGAUUGUAAAUUAGAAGAAAGGACAAUCAUUUGUGUUCCUGGCCAGAGAUUGUGUGCUUCCGAUGAAAAUACAGUUGCUGGUCAUGGAACCUACGAGAGAGGUGGCUAUAUUUAUACAGUACUUACCGGAAAUGUUUACAUUCGAAAGGAAAAUAUGACACAAUUUAUUGAGGUGAAACCCCUAGGAAUGGAAACAAUUGUCCCUACUGUGGGUGAUGUUGUAACAGCUAAAGUAACCGUGGUUAAUCAGAGGUUUUUAAAAUGCCAAAUCUUCUGCGUGGGACACAAAAUUCUCAACAGAAGCUAUAGAGGCGUCUUAAAAAAGGAAGAUAUAAGAUCUGUCGAAAAAGAUAGCGUUGAAGUGCAGAAAUGCUUUAGGCCCGGUGAUAUUAUCCUUGCCAGAGUGCUCCCACUGACGGAACUUCAUCACUAUCAGCUAACAACAGCAGAAAAUGAGCUUGGAGUUGUCAUGGCUAUAUCAAAGAAUGAUUCUACGUAUGUUCCUAUGGUGCCAAUAAGUUGGGAUGAGAUGCAAUGCCCGGAAACACUCAUAAAGGAAUAUAGGAAAGUUGCCCGUAUUGUGUCGGAAAAUCAAUAGGUACUGACAUUGGAAAUAAAUGAGUUAAUUAUGGA